AAGAGCCAAUCGGAAUCCCAUUGAAACACAACAAACAGGCACAUCAGCUGAUUACUGGCGCCGAAACAAGCUGUGAUGAUUUACUGUAGUGUAACAAAGUAGCCGUGAAAAAACUUAACAAUGACAGCUUUACCGACCGGCUAGUAAAUGUUAGAUACUCGCACUGCAGGAGGGGGUUUCUUUGGUGUGAGUGGCGGUUGUAUCAAGUUUUGACAGCACGAACAUAUGGAAGCUAAAGGAGAAGCGUAAGCGGGGUAGUAACGUGUAGUAUGUACUCAUAAACAUUACGGUACAUACUGCCUGUUGUAGAAAGCUGGAACCUCAAGGAAACAGCUUAAACUAAUAGAAGACGAUAUUAAGCCACUACAGAAGCCACUGUACACUAAGCCACAUACAGAAUGGACUCUAUGCUCGAGUCAAGACCACUGCUGGGACCACAGGAAAGCGGUCCGAUCGAAGGGAAGUCGGAGCAAGACAGUUAUUUAGAUAAGGUGAAGAACAGGAAACUGUACUUGGCUACAUUUGCAGCAGUCCUGGGCCCCCUGAGCUUUGGAUUUGUCCUGGGAUACAGUUCUCCAGCCAUUCCGGAGCUACGCAGGAUCAGCAACCCGCGACUGCAGCUGGACGCCGAGGAGGCCUCUUGGUUUGGUUCUGUGGUGACGGUGGGUGCCGCGUUCGGAGGGGUGCUAGGCGGCUGGGUAGUGGACAAGAUCGGCCGAAAGCUCAGCCUUAUGUUCUGCUCCCUGCCCUUCAUCUUUGGCUUCACCAUCAUCAUCGCUGCCCAGAAUGUCUGGAUGCUGUACCUUGGACGCGUUCUCACUGGACUGGCCAGCGGCAUGACCUCUCUUGCAGCACCUGUAUGUACCCUCUGUGUACGCUGUAUGUACCCUCUGUGUACGCUGUAUGUACCCUCUGUGUACGCUGUAUGUACCCUCUGUGUACGCUGUCUUAUGCUGCAUUCCAUUUACCUCGGAGGUCGGAACUCGAAAUGGGAAUGAUGUCACACAUGAGUUAACAGCGUUCCAGUACAGCAAGUCGGAAAGCCAUGUAGCAGAACCUGGGACCUGUAUCAAAAAGCAUGACGUCUUGCUUAGCCAGACGACUUGUUGGAUUUAAGCAGAGGCGGACAUUUCAGGUCCAGAUAGGAAAAAUACAGACCA